AUGUUUAACGAAAAUGAAAGUCACGACUAUGAUCGCUAUUCAACAAGAAUUUUUAAUCAAGAUUAUCCAAAUUCUUCUCAUAUUGUAGCAACAUACAAAUCAGGCGAUAUAACUUUUAUUUCAUGGUAUAAUGUAAUAUCUUUGGAACAAUAUCCUAUAAAUGUUAUGAUGACGCAAAAAAAUUCUAAAAAUGGAAAACAGUAUUGGAUACCGAAUGAUUAUGUUGUUGAAACUGAAUUUGGGUAUAAAAAACUUUAUUGUGAAAUUAAAUACAUUUCAAAUCAAAAAAUAAGGUAUAAUAUUUUUUGGAAAGAAAAUAAUACAGAGUGGAGUGUUUAUAGUGAAAGAUCUACAACUGGAGCUGUUACCGCGUUUUUAAAAUUGGCAGCUUUUGAUAAAGAUUCUGAACGAGAACUUUCAUCACUAAUUAAAAAGCAUUAUAUGACUACAGUAAUAGAUCAACCAAUAAUUUAUAUACGUAAUAUUGAAUUAGAUUUUAAUGGUGAAACUAUUAAUCUUACUAAUCAGCAUAAUAUUGAACCUAAAAAAUUGGAUGCUAUUGUUCGAGCAUGUGAUGAAUCUUUAUUAUCAAGAGAUGGUUAUCGCCGGUUAUCUGCAGUUAAAUGUCAUCUUAUUCAAAUAUUAAUUGAUGAAGUUGAAAUUGGAAAUGGCGUAUAUAGAUCAAUUCAAACUUUACUUAGAGUAUUAAUUUCAAUUUGGAAAAACACCUCUCCGCCUAUACUUAAACAAAAAGAUACAAUUAAUCUUAAAAUUAGUGGUGAUGGACGAAAUGUAAGACGUAAACAAAAGCAU